CUGCUGCUCCCCGGGCCCGACUGCCCUUUCCCCAGGAAAAUCGAAGUGCCCGGGGAGUGCUGUGAGAAGUGGAUCUGCGACCCGAAAGAUGAAGCGAUCUUGGGAGGUUUUGCUAUGGCUGCUUACAGACAAGAGGCCACUCUCGGGGUUGAUGUGUCAGAUUCAAGUGCCAAUUGUAUUGAGCAGACAACAGAAUGGAGUGCUUGCUCCAAAAGCUGCGGCAUGGGCUUUUCCACCCGUGUUACCAACAGAAAUCAACAGUGUGAGAUGGUGAAGCAGACACGGCUUUGCAUGAUAAGACCUUGUGAAAAUGAAGACCCAUCUGAUAAGAAAGGGAAGAAAUGUGUCCGAACAAAGAAGUCCCUGAAAGCUGUUCACUUUGAGUACAAGAACUGCACUAGUGCCCAGACUUACAAACCUCGUUACUGUGGCCUCUGCAGCGAUGGGCGAUGCUGUACCCCACACAACACCAAAACGAUACAAGUUGAGUUCCGCUGUCCUCAGGGCAAAGUCUUACAAAAGCCAAUGAUGUUGAUCAGCACCUGUGUCUGUCAUAACAACUGUCCUCAGAGUAACAAUGCUUUCUUCCAGCCGUUAGAUCCAACGUCUAGUGAAGCAAAAAUAUGAAAAGCAUAAAUUAGGUAGUGCCAAAGGUAUAAAUAGUUUAUAGAAAACUUGACCCACAAUCAGGUGAAUGUAAUGAUUACAUAUGUAAAAUAUCUAAGAUAUCUUACAAAACAGUCUAGGUGCUUUCUUUUUUGAUGUAGUUUAUUAAAUACCUCAUUUUACAUCUUCCCCUUCCAAAUGUUUUUUAUUCACUUGAUGGAAAUGUUGUACCUUGGACAGAGCCUUCUUUUUUUCUUGACAGUGGCGUAAAGCUUAGAAAGCGAAGAGCUAAGCUUUCUCCUCGAGUUAAGGGGAUCAUGCCACAAGUUUCAGUAGCUGUAAGGCUGAGCUCUUGAAGAGUAAGUGGGUUCCUUGGGGAAUGCAUGAUAGCGUAUCACAUAAGCUUCCAGGUUCUUGACUUCACUUUUCAUAA